AUGAGAAUGGAAAAUUGUGAAAUUCCCCAUGACCCUUGUCUUCAAGACCCCAGUGAAAAUCACUGGGACCCUCGUCUCCAGAACCCCAGUGAAAGUCACUAUGACUCUUGUCUUAAAGACCCCAGUGAACGUCACCAUGACCCUUGUCUUCAAGACCCCAGUGAAAGUCACCGUGACGCUUGUCUUAAUGACUCCAGUGAAAGUCACCAUGACCUUUGUCUUAAGGACCCCAGUGAACGUCACCAUGACCCUUGUCUUAAGGACCCCAGUGAAAAUCACUAUGAACCUUGUCUUCAAGACCCCAGUGAAAAUCACUGGGACCCUCGUCUCCAGAACCCCAGUGAAAGUCACUAUGACUCUUGUCUUAAAGACCCCAGUGAACGUCACCAUGACCCUUGUCUUCAAGACCCAAGUGAAAAUCACUGGGACCCUCGUCUCCAGAACCCCAGUGAAAGUCACUAUGACUCUUUUCUUAAGGACCCCAGUGAACGUCACCAUGACCCUUGUCUUCAAGAUCCCAGUGAACGUCACCAUGACCCUUGUCUUCAAGACUCCAGUGAAAGUCACCGUGACGCUUGUCUUAAUGACCCCAGUGAAAGUCACCAUGACCCUUGUCUUAAGGACCCCAGUGAAAGUCACCAUAACCCUUGUCUUAAGGACCCCAGUGAAAGUCACCAUGACCCUUGUCUUAAGGACCCCAGUGAACGUCACCAUGACCCUUGUCUUAAGGACCCCAACCCCAGUGAACGUCACCAUGACCCUUGUCUUCAAGACCCCAGUGAAAAUCACUGGGACCCUCGUCUCCAGAACCCCAGUGAAAGUCACUAUGACUCUUGUCUUAAGGACCCCAGUGAACGUCACCAUGACCCUUGUCUUCAAGACCCCAGUGAAAAUCACUGGGACCCUCGUCUCCAGAACCCCAGUGAAUGUCACUAUGACCCUUGUCUUAAGGACCCCAGUGAACGUCACCAUGACACUUGUCUUAAGGACACCAGUGAAAGUCACCGUGACCCUUGUCUUAAUGACCCCAGUGAAAGUCACCAUGACCCUUGUCUUAAGGACCCCAGUGAACGUCACCACGACCCUUGUCUUAAGGACCCCAGUGAAAGUCACUAUGAACCUUGUCUUCAAGACCCCAGUGAAAAUCACUGGGACCCUCGUCUCCAGAACCCCAGUGAAAGUCACUAUGACUCUUGUCUUAAGGAUCCCAGUGAACGUCACCAUGACCCUUGUCUUCAAGACUCCAGUGAAAGUCACCAUGACGCUUGUCUUAAUGACCCCAGUGAAAGUCACCAUGACUCUUGUCUUAAGGACACCAGUGAAAGUCACCGUGACCCUUGUCUUAAUGACCCCAGUGAAAGUCACCAUGACCCUUGUCUUAAGGACCCCAGUGAAAGUCACCAUGACCCUUGUCUUAAGGACCCCAGUGAAAGUCACUAUGAACCUUGUCUUCAAGACCCCAGUGAAAAUCACUAG